AUGGGUCUCCCAUACAGCAAACAAAUCCGCACCGCCUUCACCCAAUCCCAAACCAUGAUACAACGAGUCCAAACCGAAGUAACCCCCCUCGUAGCAGCCGGCUACCCUUUAAUAGCCUCGGGUUUCGAAGUCCUCAAAACGACAAAAAAUAUCGCGAUAUUACUGGCUGUAGUACAGGUAUAUACUGCGAUUAUGUUGACGAUUAUAUUAGGGGUUUUGGUGGUGUUGCUUGUGGAGGUGGAUCCGGAGUUGGACGGGGAGAGGAGGAGGUGGGUUAGUCCGGUUUUGAAGGGGUUUGUGGGGUGGAUGGUGAGGUGGGGGGGUUGGGUGGAGUGGGUCGGGAGGGUAGUGGUUGUGGGGUGUGUGGCGGGGCUGGGGGUCGGGGUUUGGAGGAGGGGGAGAGAGGGGGAGAGGAAGAGGAUUAGGGAGGUUAUUGUUGAGGGGGAGGGUGAGGGUGAAGGUGAGGAGGAUAGAAGUGAAGGUGACGGGAAGAAGGAAGAUGAUAAUGGAGAUGAAGAUCAUGAUGCUAUGGAUGAUGUAGGGAAAUAA